ACAUGAUGCACCACGUUCGAGGCGCGAGGCACCCGUGCGACGGUGGGAGUGGCGCGAUCGAACGCGAGCUGAGCUGAGCGCCUGAGCCUCGCAGCGUCACGACCUCACGGGUGAACUGAACCAAACGAAAAGAUCCCACGUGGCCACGUCUCCGCUGCGCCCCCACUCCUCCCUCUCCGCCCGAGGCCUCCGCCUCCGGCCACGAUGCCCGCCGCCGCGCGCCCCGCGUCCGCCGGCCUCCUCCUCCUCCUCCUCCCGCUCCCUUCCCCUCCCCGCUUCCCGCCCCUCUGCUCCACCCGCAGCAGCCUCCGCGCCCUCGCCCCCGCACCCACCCGCCGCUCCGCGGCCGUGCGCGCGCGCCGCGAGUCCUCCCCGCCCUCCCCUCCCGCCCCCGCCGACUCGCUCGACUGCGUCGGCACCGCCUCGGACGUCGAGUGCUUCGUCGACGCCGGCGCCGAGGGCGCCGCUCCCCUCCUCCCCGCGCCGCUCGCCCGCCGCGUCGAAGGUCGACGGCGAUGGGGAGGGCGAGGCGGCAGUCCCGGCCUCCCCCGCGGCCUCCGGGAAGGAGCUCUGGGAGUGGGCGUCCCUGGUGUCGCCCUUCUUCUUCUGGGGCACGGCCAUGGUGGCCAUGAAGGGGGUCAUCCCCCGGACGGGGCCCUUCUUCGUCGCCGCGCUGCGCCUGCUCCCGGCCGGCGCGCUGCUCGUCGCCUUAGCCGCCGCGCGCGGCAGGAAGCAGCCCUCAGGCUGGGAGGCGUGGCUCGCCGUCGCCGCGUUCGGGCUCAUCGACGCCGCCUGCUUCCAGGGCUUCCUCGCGGAGGGGUUGCAGAAGACGUCGGCUGGGCUCGGGAGUGUAAGGCGAAAUCCAAACCCCCUGUGCUGAUCUUAUCUCCUCAGGUCAUCAUUGACUCGCAGCCGUUGACGGUAGCUAUCCUCGCAUCGCUGCUCUUUGGAGAGUCUAUUGGCGCGAUAGGAGCUGGGGGGCUCGUGCUGGGUGUGGCCGGGCUUUUGCUUCUCGAGGUUCCAGCACUGUCACUUGAAGGAAAUGACGCAACAAUCUGGGGAAGUGGGGAAUGGUUGAUGUUUCUCUCAGCUCAAAGCAUGGCAGUUGGAACUAUCAUGGUCCGCUGGGUGUCGAAGUACUCUGAUCCAAUCAUGGCAACAGGAUGGCACAUGAUCAUUGGAGGGCUUCCUCUGCUGGUUAUUUCUGUUCUUAAUCGUGAUCCUGCUCUGAGUGGCCAUAUUCAAGAGCUUACAUGGAGCGACAUUCUAGCACUUGGCUACACAUCUGUAUUUGGCAGUGCUAUCAGCUAUGGUGUAUACUUCUACAAUGCUACUAGAGGUAGCUUAACCACACUAAGUUCUCUCACUUUCUUGACCCCCAUGUUUGCAUCAAUAUUCGGGUACCUCUACCUGGGUGAGACCUUCUCACCUGUACAGAUUGGUGGUGCACUUCUCACACUGGUUGCCAUCUACAUGGUUAACUACAGAAGCAUUGUAGGCGAGAAGUAAGAGGCUAUCUCAUACUUGUGUGGUGUCUAUCUCUAUCACAUACAGAUGGUCGGGAGCUGCAUGCAGCACCUAAAAUCACUGUCGGAACCAGACAGCAAUCUGAACAUUAGUCGUGAAGACUGAGGCAAAUCAUACUGAUUGAAGAGAGCUGCGCUCCGUUCAAGGUUUAUACAAUUGGAUAUUAGUUCGAGCAAAACCAAUAGGUUCUAUCAGCUUCUUCAACAUGAUUAGAUUGACCGGUUAGAUCAUGGCACGCAGCUGGUUUUCGCAAGGAUAUAGCAAUAAUAUUUUUCUCAGUUUUUACAUUGCAUGCCUAUGUGGAGCUGAGAAAUUAGAGUUGAUAGCAAGACAUUGUUCACGCUGUAUAUGGUUCUCAGUGAGGGGGGAGUUGGCCCCGUUGUACACAUAGUUGUAAGCAUGGGAAUAGUUGAUGGAUGGAUGGAAGGCAGGCUUUGAGUAUGUAUCUGUAAUUCUGUAUCGCUAUCCAAAAGCUUUCUUUCCUUGACUGAUAUGAAGCAAAUUCAUUUUCUGCGAAAGAAACUAUAAAGCUGUCUUAGCAGAUGGUGUUUGAUAUGCUCA